GGGUGUUUUCCGCAUUCCCCAUCGUCAGUCAUUGUCAGGGCAUCGGCGAGCAUUCAGUUCACCGCACACAUCCUAGAAGAAUUGUCUGGAGCAGAGUAGGAGCGCAUGCACGGGAUAAACGGCGGCGGUUCGUGGGAACAUCCGAGCUCGGAGCCGAGCAGUCAUAGUGGCACUCUUACUCAGGUCCAACUGUAUGCAGACUUUGGAGGAUCAUGAAACACUUGACUUUGCCUUUUAAAUAGCCAGGAGCAGGCUGACUAAGGACUAGGCGAAUCGAAGUAAAUCAACAUGGCUGUCUUCAAGCCUGAAAAUGUGGAAGACUUCUAUGAGAUUGGUGAAGUUUUGGGAAGUGGGCACUUUGGUCAGGUUCGACAGGUACGUGAGCGGGCCUCUGGGACUUGUUGGGCAGGCAAGUUCCUGAAGAUUCGGAAGAUUGCAUGCAGCCGUCUGGGCCUAGACAGGAGCAGUGUGGAGCGGGAGGUGGAGAUCCUCCAGGCUGUACAACACCCAAACAUUGUGGCUCUCAAAGAUGUCUUUGAGAGCCGAGCAGAAGUGGUGCUCAUUCUGGAGCUAGUUAGUGGGGGGGAGUUGUUUGACUUCAUUGCUGAGAAGGAGAAUCUGUUGGAGAGUGAGGCCAUUGAGUUCAUGAAGCAGAUCCUGGAGGGAUUGGGAUUCAUGCACAGUAGGAACAUUGCCCACUUUGACCUCAAGCCAGAAAACAUCAUGCUGUCAGACAAAGUGUCACCACACCCCAACAUCAAACUAAUUGACUUUGGCCUGGCCCACCGUUUUCAUCAGGGAGAGGAGUAUAGGAGCACAAGUGGCACCCCACAGUACAUUGCCCCUGAGGUGAUCGACAGUGAACCUCUAAGCACAGCGGCAGAUAUGUGGAGCAUUGGAGUUAUAACCUACAUACUAUUGAGUGGGUUGUCACCAUUCCAAGGUGAGACUGAUGAAGAGACUCUGAGGAAUAUCAUUGCCAUGAACUAUGAGUUUGAUGCACGGUAUUUCAGCAUGACCAGCUCCAUGGCCAAAGACUUCAUCCAGAAACUCUUGGUGAAAAACCCCAUUGAUAGAAUGACAGCCGAGGAGUGUCUGCUUCAUCCAUGGAUUAAGCCCAUCACACGCAUACAAGUAGCCAAAAGGAAUCGAUCCUCAAUCAAUAUGAAGAACUUUAAGAAGUUCAACGCUAGAAGGAAAUGGAAGAUGUCCUUUAACAUGGUGUUAAUGUGUAACCGGCUGGUCCAGUUGAAAGUGCUGUGUAAGGGCAGCUCAGAUCCAGAUCCACUACAGAGACAGUGUGAAAGCGACGUAGAGGACACAGAAACCAAGCCUGCCUCUCUGCUGCGUCGAAGACUCAGCAGCAGUUCUUAGAGGUGACAAAAGAGAGGCAGCAGCACACCAGAGAGGUUCAGGCUGGUGGGCAGAAUCACUGAGGGGGCAUGCUCUCUGUUAUACUAUUCAAGUGAAAUGAUCUAAAUGUUGCCGAAUGUUAUAUACUCUAACUGAUGUGCCUGGGGAGUGAGUGCUGCCUCUUUUUGAAAAAUGUAAAACUAAUUUUAUGCCAAGUCUUCCAUGACUUUUAUAUUGAUGCUACACACACACACACACACACACACACACACACACACACACACACACACACACACACACACACAACUGUGGGAGCAAAAGGGAUGAUUUAAUCACAUGCAUUAUUAAUAGUUACAUUGUAUUUUAUUUUUUGAGCUCUGGCCAUCAUUUUAAUCAGUUAUGUUAACAUUGUAGUCACCAAGUGAAUAACUAAGAUCUGGGAACAGUGAUGAGGAACAAGUCAGACAGGUCAAGAAACAUGAGCAGUCAGCUGAUCAGACAGGUUGGAAACAAACUUCCAGGUUAGCUCUGUCAAUCUGUGUUGUGUACACAGUUUUCUUGUACAGUGAGGGAUUAUUAGCCACAUUACAGGUCUGCUUACCUUCAGUUUGAUCUCCAAAUAACAUGGCUUGUUGGCUUGUUUGUCUCAUCAUAUCACAUUACAGCUCAUGUCUCUCAUUCCUUUGGACCUGUUUUAUUUCCCAGAUGUCAUGAAUGACUGGUGAAUAUGUUAUCAUACUCUAGCUUUAACUGUAGAUUCCUUUAGAGAGAGACUUAACAACAGACUAAAAAGCUAUGAGAGAGCUUUCUUAUCCAUUUUAAGUUCAAAUCUGACCUUAGUACUAGUCCUCAUGAGGACGUGUUAGUUGCCAAUUUCAAGAAACAACAAACCAUUCAAACUCAAAUCCACUGAUGUUCAAAACAUCAUCAGUUAUCUGGGAGGGAAUUUGCAGGUUUUGGGGGCAUUAUGACUAUAUCAGAGAGUGUCUAAUUUUGUUGUGAUCCCAUACUGCACAAGAUACAAUAUUUGAAUCAGUACCGUACAUAUUUUGUACUCUUGUGUAUUAUAUCACUUGUAUCACAUGAUUUUUUUUUAAAAUGGCGACAAUCAUGUUUUGUACAUAACCUCACUACCUACAACUAUUAUAUUUUUGUCAUCUGACUUCAUCAAAAACUUGAACAAUCAUCAGAUUUUUUAUUAUUUUGAAAAAAUACCAAAGUUAUAAUUUGUCUCUUUUUUUCUCAGUCAUGUUUGCAUUGAUAUGUUUGUUGAAAUAACCUGUAUCUGUCAAUGGUUUCUUCUCAUUCAGAUGAUUCAUCUGACACACUGCAGUAAAUCUAAGCUAGUGCAACUGCAGUGAUGUUAAUCACUGUAAUAAGCUACACAAAGAGAAGAAUGUGUUAAUUAAUAUUAACACAUAUCACAGAACUGAAAUGGUUAAAAGUGAUGUUACAAGAAAGGGUAUUUUUAAACAUAAAGAAUGAUUUAUGUUUGCCUACACUGUUAAAAAAAUGUUUUUAAAAAAACAGUGAAAAUAUGGCAGCACAGGUGCCAGAAAAACACUGAAAAUACUAAAUACUGUAAUGUGAAAUAAUGGUUACUGGUCAUACCACAAAUACAGCACAUACUAUUAUUUUACAUGUUCUAUGUUUUUAUUUUCAACAAUAUCCUUUUUGUUGUUACUUUCUGCGAGUGACUGAUGGUUAAAUAUACCUUCUGUAUACACUGAAAACAUCCUUUCUUCAGGAUAUGUGAUUCUGUUUUGGAUAAGAAACUUUACUGAAUUGUAGCUUAAUGCACCGAGUUUGUCACUGUACUUACCCUCAACAUGUUAUAAAUAAAGUUGGUUAAAAAAGCCUAAUGUAAGUGCAGUCAUAUUCUCUCUG